AAAAAAAGUACUUUAAACUUACAGUAUAUUUUUAAUUUUUACAUUUUAAAAGUAACAGCUGGGUUUGUACUAACCUUAUUAUAAUUAAUGUGAAGUAAAGACCUGCUCAGGUCUGAAUAUUUUUAGUGGUAUUACGUUAGAAUUACAAAAUUUAAUAUCACUAUAUAAAGUUAUAUGUUUAAUAAUUCACUGAGCUCAUUAUCUAAGAUUGAGAAAAUCGAUUCAUCAUGUUCGCCAUCGAUAAUUAUAUUCCUACCGGUGCUCCGAAGAUGACAAAGAAGAAUAUUCAGGAGAUUUGUAGAGAACAAAAGCUGUUUCAUACACCAGGCCUAAAUGACAUACUUUACCUCCAUUAUCAAGGCUUCACUAAAAUUCAAAAUUUAGAAGAAUACACAAAUCUCAGAAGUCUCUGGUUGCAAAGUAAUGGGAUUCAAAAAAUUGAAAAUUUAGACAAACAAACAGAAUUAAAGUUCAUUAACCUGAAUAGUAAUGUUAUCGACAAAAUCGAAAACCUAGAAAUAUUAAGUAAAUUGACAAGUAUUGAUCUUGGCCGUAAUAUGAUAUCAAAAAUAGAAAAUUUAUCCCAACUAUCGAAUUUGCAGACGCUGGACAUAAAUAAUAAUUAUAUAGAAACAAUGGAGGACAUAGAACACCUGAGAGAAUGUAAAUCACUCAAAAACAUAGAUCUUGCCCAUAAUUAUAUUAGAGACCCAAACUCCAUAGAGAUAUUUGCAAAUAUGGCAUCUCUUAAAACCUUAUCACUCAUAGGAAAUCCAAUCAUUGGUAAAAUGAAAAAUUACAGAAGAAAUAUGAUAUUAAAAUGCAGAAAUUUAACUGCAUUAGAUGAGCGCAUGAUUAACACUGUGGAAAGAAAGGCUGUUGAAGCUUGGGCAGUGGGUGGAGUCGAAGCAGAAAGAAAAGUGUACGAAGAUGAUUUUGAAAAAAAAAAAAAUCAGAGAAAACAGCUGGUAGAUGAUCUUAUGCGAAACAGAAUAAUAAUAAGAGAAAAAGCCCAAGCUAAAUGGAGGAAGCGAAAAAGUGAGAAAAUUAAAGAUGAAGAGCUUGAAAAUGUACAGCACGAAGAAGAUAUCUUUUAUCCUGAUUUACUUGGAAGUGAGGAUUCUUCAUUAUCAUUAUCGGGAAUAGAAGAUUUAUAUGAUGACUUUGAAUCUGAAAAUGAAAGUUGUCCAAAUAAGGAUAUUAAAGAAAAUCAAAAACCAAUCCUAACAGAUACCACUGAUGAUGCCAAAGUGUCAUCAGGUGUUUUAACAAGCUGCGAAAUAGUAUGUGAUAUAAAUCACACAAAUAAAGAUAUUUAUGAUGGUUUGAUUGAAAAUGCACUUAACACAGAUCAGGGAAAAGAUCAUGAGGGAAUGUCAUAUAGUAUAUCCAUAAAUGAGGACAAAAAUAUUGCUAAAACAAAAAGUGAAACUUGUCUUGAUAAUCAUCCAUUAAAAAAUGAUAAGAAAGAUAAUACAAUUAAUAUUAUAGCCAAUCAAAAUAUUAAUGAAUACAAACUUGUUGAAAUAUUAUCAACAGAAGAUCUACAACAAUACUCCAGUGAUGAAAAUGAAUUCUUACACCCGAUAUUUCAAGAUACUGAAUUAGAUAAAGCUAAAUUGAACAAGUUAUUUGAAGAAUUGUUUUUACCUGAUGAAGAACAGCUGAAAUAUAAACAAGAUGAAAAUUCAAUUUCUGACAAAUCAAUACACUCAGGCAUUCAAAAUUUUUCAGAAGACAAAAAAGAAGAAUACAACAUUAAAAAAUUCCUUAUUAAGCCAUUAAAAAGUCAACAAAUUGCAGAAGAUAAUAAAUCUUGCAUGAAAAAUGAAAAAUUAAAUCAAAAUAAACAAUACAAUGACCGAUGCGAGGGAGAUUCAUAUGCUAGUCUUCAUAGGAAACAGGAAGAAUUAAUAAAUGAACAUAUGUCUAAAACAGCUAAAAACCAUGGUAAACCAUUGGUAAUAGCAAACAAUUUUGAAAACACUUACAAAAGUGAAAGUAGUUUGAAAUAUAAAAAUAAUCCAUCCAACACUGUGGAUUUGACUAUAAUCGAAGGUAUGGAGGAAUAUAGAAUAAGGCGAGGUGAACAGGAACUCGAAAAAAUAUGUCAAACACCAAUUCCCUACAUAAAAGACAAAAAACCAUCAAUGAAAAUAGGCUUGAAACAGGCGAAAAUUUUAUUUGAACAAUUAUUUUAAUAAAUGUAUCAAUGAUA